AUUGUGGACCGAUAUCACCGUGAAGAGCUAGCUGGUCCGGAGUCCACGAAUGGGUUGGUGAAGAUAUUCCCAGCCCCAGGUUCCAUUCUUCUUCCACACCAUACUCCCGGAGUUGUCUCCAAUCGACCCGCCGCCCAAAUCCAACGAUUCUUCAGGAAUGUUGGGACGAUCAAUGGCAGUUGGUGUAUCUAGCUGCAAACACUCUGUAUCCUGCUCCCCAUUGUUGGAUACUCCAGUUUUGAUUCCAAAACUGGCGCUGCCGGCGUGUAGUUCGUCAUGUGGUUUCAAUCACAUAGUUCAUACUAGUGAAACUCAAAGCUACCGUUGUUAUUCGAAAUGCACAGUUAGGAAAUGGAGGAAAAACUCAGUCGAACAGAUUCAACCUGUUCUAUUAGAAGAUGAUCAUAAGAAAACUUGGGAAGAAUGCAAAGAAAUACUCUGUGCGUUGAGUUUUUCGGUCGACGAGGCAGACACGAUUCUUAAGAAGGCUUUUGGAUGGGUUCAUUCACCAUACUGGGGCGAAGAGAGAAGAAAAGAAGUUCCCAAGGGACAAAUAGUGGACGAGAUGUUGGGUUACCUCAAGGAUUUGGGUCUUAACGAUGAGGAUCUACACAAAUUGCUGAAGAAGUUCCCUGAGGUCCUCGGAUGCAGUCUGGCCGAUGAAGUGCGGACGAAUGUUAGCAUGCUAGAGAAGGACUGGAGUAUUAAAGGGAAAGUACUUCGAAAUCUACUUCUGAGGAAUCCAAAAGUUUUGGGCUACAAUGUCGACUGUAAAGGAGACUGCAUGGCACAGUGUACUAGAUGUUGGGUUCGAUUCUAGUAAUGUAAGUGUAUCUUUUUUGUCUUUAUCACCACAUAUUAGAAGCUAUUUUUUUUAGUUAAAUAGAAUCUUUUUAGUCUUUAUCACCAACUUUUAGGAAGAAUCAUGAGCAAUUUGGAUGUUGGGAAUACUUCCUGAAGCUGUAUUAGCUACGAAAGAAUAAAUUUAAUUUUUCAAUUUAA